AUGGACUCGGACGACACCAUGGACGACGUCUCACCUGCGCAAUUCGCACAGCAAAUCUCAACCGCUGAGUUUGAUCGCGAGGCUGUGGAGUAUACAAUACAAGAAGUGCAGCGCUUAAACGUCUCCGUACGCGUGGAGCCAGAGAUUGGCGCACGGUCGAAGUUUUUCCAGCAUGAGAAAAACGUGGUGAAGGGACUUCCAAUCUUUCAGGGCAAACACACAAGAUUUGUGUAUGACGAAGAAGAGGAGGAAAUUGUAACGGCUGUAGAUGUGACGCAGGAGGCAUUGAACAGCGGACCUGUUGUACGUACAGUCGCGGAACUGGACGAGGAUGUGGAGGAGGAGGGCGAAGAAGAAGAAGAAGAAGGAGGAGGAGAAGAGGAGGACGAGGCAGUGAGAAAUGUAUUCUAUGUCGCAGGGCAAAUGAGCGACAUAAUGGUGGAUGACGCGAAUGUGAACGCUGUGAUGGAUGACGUGGAGAUGGAAAUGGCCGCAGUGGCCAUUGACGAACACAAACUGAUACAUGCAGCUGCUCAGAAACAAUGA